UCGUCCUCUUCUACCGCUACUACGCCCCCGCCCCCGCGCUCGCCCCUGCGCUGAGAACUAGGGUUUCAUCCAGAUCCUCCUGCGUCUCCGACGAUGCCCAUUCUCCGUCGCCGCCGGCCAGCACACCCGCCGCCUCAGAUCGAUGGUCCGUCCACCUCUUCCGCCGCACCUGACGAUAAGGAGAAGCCAUCGUUGCCGAUAGCGAGGAAGCCGCGGUGGAACUGCUUGGAUAGCUGCUGCUGGAUCAUAGGUUGCGUUUGCUCGCUUUGGUGGAUUCUUCUCUUCCUCUACAACGCGAUGCCGGCGUCGUUCCCGCAGUAUGUGACUGAGGCCAUUACCGGACCGCUGCCGGAUCCGCCGGGGGUUAAGCUUCGUAAGGAGGGGCUGUCUGCGCUUCAUCCGGUGGUGUUCGUUCCCGGGAUUGUCACUGGGGGGCUUGAGCUUUGGGAGGGGCAUCAGUGUGCUGAUGGGUUGUUUCGGAAGAGACUCUGGGGCGGCACCUUUGGAGAAGUCUAUAAAAGACCUUUAUGCUGGGUUGAGCACAUGUCACUGGACAAUGAAACUGGACUUGAUCCUCCAGGUGUAAGGGUUAGGCCAGUUACUGGAUUGGUGGCGGCAGAUUAUUUUGCCCCUGGGUAUUUUGUCUGGGCAGUAUUGAUUGCUAAUUUGGCACGCAUCGGAUAUGAAGAAAAAACCAUGUAUAUGGCAGCAUAUGAUUGGAGGCUUUCUUUUCAGAACACUGAGGUCCGAGAUCAAACUCUGAGCAGAAUAAAAAGCAAUAUAGAACUGAUGGUGGAAACAAAUGGUGGGAAGAAGGUUGUUGUGAUUCCCCAUUCGAUGGGAGUCUUGUACUUUCUGCAUUUUAUGAAAUGGGUGGAGGCACCUGCUCCAAUGGGUGGUGGGGGUGGUUCAGAUUGGUGUCAAAAGCAUAUAAAAGCAGUGAUGAAUAUUGGUGGUCCUUUCUUGGGGGUCCCCAAGGCAGUUACUGGACUCUUCUCUGCUGAGGCCAAAGAUGUUGCUGUCGCCAGAGCCAUUGCGCCUGGUGUUUUAGAUUCUGAUUUUCUUGGCUUACAAACUUUGCGACAUGUUAUGCGGAUGACUCGUACAUGGGAUUCAACUAUGUCCAUGAUUCCCAAAGGUGGUGAUACUAUUUGGGGUGGUUUAGACUGGUCACCAGAAGAAUGCUACAGCUGUAUUAGUAAAAGGAAAAGAAGUAAUGAUUCUAUUGUUUCUCAAGAUGUCAAGGUAGAGAAUGCAAAUCAUCAACCAAAUAUUACCAAUUAUGGGAGAAUAAUAUCUUUUGGAAAAGAUGUGGCAGAGGCCCCAUCAGCACAGAUUGAAAUGAUAGAUUUCCGGGAUGCAGUGAAAGGUAACAACCUUGCCCAUUCAAAUGGUUCUUGUGGUGAUGUUUGGACAGAGUACCAUGAGGUGGGAUGGGGUGGAGUCCAGGCAGUUUCUGAUUACAAAGCAUACACCGCUGGUUCCAUUUUGGAUUUGCUUCGUUUUGUUGCUCCAAAGAUGAUGCAGCGUGGAAGUGCUCAUUUUUCAUAUGGUAUUGCUGAUAAUUUGGAUGACCCAAAGUACAAGCAUUACAAGUAUUGGUCAAACCCUUUGGAAACCAAGUGAGUGUUUUUUUAUUUAUUGUAUGGUUUGUUUCCUAGUC